ACGUGUAAACAGUGACGAUUUCCGAGCCGAAUUGUGCCAUCAGUUGAGUUUUUUUUAUAAAUAGUUUUCGUAGGUCUUAAAAAAUUAUGUGUCUUUGAUAGUAAGGACUAUAAUUUUUCGCAGAGUAGUAUUUAAAGUGUGAAAAUAUGUUCCUAACCUCAAAGUCUUUAUUCAGCUUGUAUAUAAAUUGCUUAAAAAGGGACGGCCAUCUCUACCGUACAAUUGGGAGAGAUGGCCAAAUUGUUUUUGGUAUAGAUGACAAAAUGCCAACAAACUACAAACGAAAAUCGGCAUCGACCAGGGGCUCCUGGAGUGAAAAUGAUUUAAAGGAUGCCGUGCAGGCUGUAAGAAGUGGGUCAUCGGUUAAUGCCGCUGCGCAGAAUCAUGGUGUACCACAAAAGACUCUGGUAAGAAGGCUCUAAAAAAAUAGUACCUCUAAGGGACGAAUGGGCGAAUCGCUUCUGGGUGAAACCAACGUGUUGCUAACUUAAGUUAGCAACACUAGAAAGAAAGAGCAGGUUACGACUGGUUUAGCUCUUUUUUACGCCAGUAUCCAGAUUUAUGCUUAAGAAAAGCAGAAGGAGUAUCAAUUGCACGAAAUCAGGGAAUGAAUAGGCUAGACGUUGAAAACUAUUUUGAUUUGCUCCAAACCACCCUAGAAGAAAAUGACAUUUUUAAUAAACCAGGGUAUAUUUUUAAUACCGAUGAGACGGGGCUACAAAUGAAUAACCGUACUGGUAUUGUUCUUGCCGAAAAGGGUUCUAAAAGUGUGUCUAUGGCCACGUGCACUGAAAAGGGAGAAACAAUAUUUUGCAUCGCGUGUUGCAAUGCUGAAGGCAUAUUUCUUUCGCCGGCUUGUAUAAUGAAAGGCAAAUAUAAGAAAGUAGAACAUGAAGAUGGGAUGCCACCCGGGUCAAUUCUUUAUAUGUCAGAAAAAUCAGCGUAUGUUAACACCAGCAUUUUUUCUAUGUGGCUUAAAGACCAUUUUAUAAAUGAAAAGGAAUUGCUCGAAGUAGCCCAAGAUAAUGAUGUAAUGUUGCUGUGUCUUCCAAGUCACACAGCGCAUUACUUGCAACCGCUACAUAGGGCAGUAUUUAAAUCAUUAAAAUCAUAUUUUUAUAAUGCUUUUCACCAGUGGGUUCGUGCUAACCCUGGAAGAAAAUUAAUCAGACUACAAUUUGGACAAAUGCUUUCAGAGAGUUGGGGAAGAGCGUGCACAGUAUUGAAUGAGGUCUCAGGAUUUAAAUCUUAUGGAAUUUACCUAUUUAACCCUUCUGCAAUACCGGACCAUGCCUUUUCAGUUUCAGAUCUCAUUGAAGAAAAUUCACAAAAGUCGACAUGCAAUAAUAUUCGGCCGUUGGCGUGUAAACCGCAACCACCUACAAGUGCUCAAGCAGAUAUUAAAAUAGCCAAGAAAGGACAAUUAAUUACCGAACUUUCAACAACGUCUCAGCAGACACGCGAAGAAACCUCACCGAUACCAAGUACGUCCAAAAUAGAUGUUACCCCUGGUACACUUUUGGAACAAAUUUCUCCGGUUCCAACUUUACCAGAAAAGGUUAAAAGAGCUUCGAAAAAUCUAGAAGCUGUUUUGACUACAACGGAAAAUAUUAAUGCUGUUAGAGAAAGAUGUAUGAAACGAAGAAAAAAUGCACAACCCAAGGAAAUAAGCCAAAAGAAACAAUUAUCACGUAAGAUUCCACAAAAAUCAAAUAGAUUGGAUGGCGAAGAAGACAAUUUCGAUGAAAAUGAAUGCGUUGGAUGUCUGGAAAACUACUUUGCAACUAAAAGGAAGGACGAUUGGAUACAGUGCGUUUCGUGUAGCCGUUGGCUACAUGACCAGUGUAUCAGUUUCUCAAACAUGUGUAUGAAAUGUGGCAAUAUGUUUAAUAAGUAGGAACUAAGAUCGGACGCUUUUUAGUUUUUAUAAUUUUUUUAUUGUAUAUUUCCAUUUAGCAGAAGUUUUAUUGAGUUUUUUCUGAAAAAUAAAAUUUGUUUUACAAUCUAACAAUAUAUAAGUACUA